ACCAUCGUCAGUCACCUCGCCGCGGCCGGCCCAUCCUGUCGUCGAGGCGAACCACGGAAGCUAGCUAGCUGCAGCUAUAGAAGCCUAGAACAGACCGCUGCUCGAUGGCGCCUGCUGCUAGGACGCGAGUGUGCUUGGUCGCGCUGGUGGUGGCUCUAGCGUUUCUCUUCCUCUUGGACGGCGGUGUGCAUGCCGCGUCGUCGGCGGCAGAGCAGCGGCGGCGACAGGUUCGGAGCCUGCUCAGGCGUCUCAACAAGCCCGCUGUCGCGACCAUCGAGAGCCCAGAUGGAGAUACCAUAGACUGUGUGGACAUCUCGAAACAGCCUGCGUUCGACCAUCCUUCCCUCAAGAACCAUACCAUUCAGAUGAUGCCCUCCUGCCACCCACAACAAGGCGGCCUCUAUAACAAGUCAAACGACGUUGCGCACAGUGCUUUGACGCAAACAUGGCAUCAGAAUGGCAAGUGCCCAGAGAACACAGUGCCAAUCCGGAGGACCAGAGAAGAGGACGUCCUCGACAUCGUCCAGAGAUAUGGCAGAAAGAAGUGGCCAUCGUCUUGGAGCAACGACCCUAACCGUUAUGACGACGACGUCCCGGACGCAGCGAGCGUACUAAGAGGCCACCAGCAUGCAAUAGCAUCUGCACCGGGGGAUGACAACUACUAUGGUACCCAAGCAACCUUCAACCUGUGGGAACCAACGGUUGAGAGGAACCAAGGAUUCAGUUUGGCCCAGCUGUGGAUUACCAGUGGAUCCUACGCAAACAACGACCUCAAUACUAUAGAAGCAGGGUGGCAGGUUUACCCAGGUCUGUACAAGGAUAGCCAUACAAGACUCUUCGUCUACUGGACUCGGGAUGCGUACAACAAAACAGGAUGUUACAACCUAAUAUGCUCAGGGUUUGUACAGACAAGCAACCAGAUCGCCAUCGGCGCUAGCAACUCCUAUUUUUCCCCUGUCUCCAUCUAUGGUGGCUCACAGUAUGACAUCACUAUUUUAGUUUGGAAGGACCCAAAGCAAGGCAAUUGGUGGUUGCAAGUAGGAGGCCAGGAUUUGGGCUACUGGCCAUCAUCGAUCUUCUCUAAGUUGUCAGGCAGCGCAGCCUCUGUCGACUGGGGAGGUGAAGUGGCAUCGUCGCCGGAUGCCGGCCAAACAUCCACACAGAUGGGUAGCGGACACUUCCCUGAUGAAGGUUUCAGCAAGGCCAGCUACAUCAAGAACAUCCAAUUGGUAGAUUCGACCAACAGUCUCAAAUCGGCUAGUGGUGUGAAGUUGACAGCUAAGUGGCCCAUGUGCUACAAUGUUCAAAACGGUACUAGUGCUGAUUGGGGCACUUACAUCUUCUAUGGAGGACCCGGGAAGAACCCUAACUGCCCAUAGUAAAAAUUCAACUGGUUGCCGCGCCCAAACGUCUCAUUGAUACAGGAAUAGAUCUACGUACUUGUGAAAUGCAUUAUGUCCUAGUCGGUGCCGAAUAAUUAUAAUUAGGAUCAUGUCAAUGGAUGUCGUAGUAUAGUAUGCAUUUUCACUCGUGUUGCAAAGGUAAAUUGAUACAUAUACGUCUACAUUGUAGCUGUAAACAAAAAUGGAUGUUUGAAGGAUAUAACCACCACCAGAGAAUGGGACAUCAAUACCAUCUGGAACCGAUUACAGUAUCGGAUUCCAAACGUUGCUAGGCAA